CCAACCACAAGGGCACCCUGUUUGUCUGGCGGUACCUGCCAGACACUCUCGAUCCCAUGCAGAAAAUCGACGCCCACAGCGCAUACGGUCAGUCAGCUUGGGAUGGUGCCACACGACACACACGGCAGCAGGGUCUAGGCAAGCAGCGACGUCAUCUAAGGUCAAUGUGUGUGUGUGCAGUGCUGCGCAUUAGGUUCUGCCCUCAGUCGCAGUAUCUGAUUACCACAUCGGCCGACAGUGAGUGAGAGGCGCACACAACGAGGCGGCGAAGGGGAGAAUGGUCGCUCACUCCCUCUCGUCUGUGUGUCAGGCAGUGCCUGUCUGUGGCGCUAUCAUGUCGACGGCUUCGCCAAGGAGACCUCGCUCAUCGGUCACAUCAGGUACUUAAGUCACACAUUCAGCCGGCGUGACGGCAGGCCGCCACGUGGCGGGCCGGCUGUGUCUGUGCGUAUGCGUCCGUCCGUUCCACAGGUGGGUGUGGGGCGGUAUCUUCUCGAGCGACAGUGCCUAUGUGGUGACGUGUUCGUCCGACACGACGGCCAAGCUGUGGGAGGUUAAGACGGGCCAGACGGCCAUCGACUACACCGGACACACCAAAGCCGUCACGGCCGUCGCUCUGGUCGAUGUGCCCGACGGGGGGAGUGGCCCAGACGCACCACCCGUACAACAGCACAACAUCAGCUAG